AUGGAUAGAAACAACAUGCAGUCUCUCUAUUAUUCCUGCUGGAGGCUGGCGACUGAUUCCAAUGCGCUUCAAGCUCUGAUUGCAGAAGUUGAAACUAAUCGCUCAAAUACGGCAAUUUCAGAACUCGAGAGAAAAUUCCGCUCUUUAACUCAUUUAGACGUUGGCUUUACCCCUGGAAAUUACUAUACACCACGAUGUAUAGUCUAUACAGAAUUGAUAGAAACCCCAGAACUCUCAAUGGGUCUGUUUGGCAUGAGUACCGGAUGUAAUUUUCCCAUUCAUGACCAUCCUUCAAUGCUUGCAGCUACGUUUGUGCUUUCUGGUAGACUGCAGUAUCGGAAUUAUGACAUUUUAUCAAGAGAACGAGGAGGUGUUAUUAAUUUAUCUCUAUGUAUGGAAGGAGAAGCUAGAGGAGGUGAACUUUUAUUUCUAACUCCGAAGCGUGGAAAUCUGCAUCAGAUUCAAGCUCUUGAGAAUUCAGUUUUUUUAGACGUAUUCAUACCUAGCUAUAAUGACAUUGACAGGCCUUGCACAUAUUACCAAGAAAUAGCGCCAAACAAAGUUGCCAGCUUUGUCCCUCAGCUGCCUUUUAAAUCCUUGCCAUAUGUGGGAAGACCGUUAUAUUAG